AUGUCUGAUCUAAAGCAGCGGAAGGAGGACUUUGUUUCCGGAUUAACUGGAGGCUCAAUUGAAGAGAUCAAUUGUGUAACUUCGGUAGCUAUUUGCGCUUAUUUCUGCUGGAAUUUGAUCAAUUCUACAACGAGCAAUGCUCAAGUCAGUCACAUAAUAGACUUUCUACUGAACUGGGGCGGGCUUUUGCUCUCGAUUACCACAUAUUCUGAUAGUCCCCUGAGGUUACAUCUUUUCAUUCUGGUGCCAUCUGUGAUCUACUGGCUUGGUACCAGAAGCUCUGCAUCUGCAGUGCACCAGGGGCGUUCCAAGAACUCAAGGCUACGCGAUCCAUCCAAAGCUGAACAAAGAGAGUUCGAACUUGUUAAAAGACCCUUCAUUACAGCGUAUCGUGGGAGCAUGAUGGUGGUCACAGUCUUGGCCAUACUUGCGGUCGAUUUCCAGAUUUUUCCACGCAGGUUUGCGAAAGUCGAAACCUGGGGAAGCUCUCUGAUGGACCUAGGAGUAGGCUCUUUCGUCUUCAGCAAUGGUCUCGUUUCGUCGCGUGUGCUGUUUAAAGCUAAACAGAGUGGUCAGAAGCCUAACUUCGCUCAGAAAUUGGUCGGGGCAAUUAAAUCAAGUGGCAGCAUUCUGGUAUUGGGCUUGUUACGAUUGUACUUCGUCAAGAACCUGGAAUAUCAGGAACACGUUACGGAAUACGGUGUUCACUGGAACUUUUUUAUCACACUUGCUUUGCUCCCGCUAGCUAUGAUACCACUCGAUGCGAUUAUCGAAUAUGUUCCAAGAGUUUUGGUGGCUUUGGCUAUGUCUACUGUUUACGACUUCUUCAUGAUCUUUAAGGAACGGUUUUUGAGCUUCUUGAUAGAUUCUCCACGAAAUUCGCUGAUCAACGCCAAUCGCGAGGGCAUUUUCUCGUUCGUGGGAUACUGCUCCAUCUUUCUAUGGGGUCAAACUACAGGAUUCUACACAUUGGGAAGUGAUGUGACUAAGAAUAAUCUAUACAUUGCCUCAAUUUCACCAGUGACCCAGGUCAGAAAACUAAGUGGGUGGGAUAAACUGACAUCAAAAAGACCACUCAGCGGUUUGCUGAUCUGGUCUUUCCUCUCGAUGUCUGCCGCUCAAAUAGUAUUUGCAUGGCAUCCUUUCAACAUCUCGAGACGUUUCGCUAAUUUUCCCUAUGUCAUUUGGGUUGUGUCGUAUAAUACCGGUGCCUUGACGCUUUAUUGCCUUGUAGACACGCUUUUUGGUAAUCAGCCCUCCAGGGAGAAAAUCUCACCAGCACUAGAGGCCCUCAACUCAAAUGGCCUCUUUCUAUUCCUCCUGGCCAACAUAAGUACGGGCUUGAUUAACAUGACGAUACCCACGAUCGACAUGUCUCCCACCUGGUCGUUUCUGAUUCUGUUAGCUUACGCUUCAUUUUUGGCUUCGGUCGCAGCGAUUAUGCUGAAAAGAGGACUAUCUAUAAAACUUUAG